AUGGAAGGGAUGCCAUUGGUGGUCUCCAAGCAGAGAAGAGAAGUGUUGUGUGGCGUCCCCACCCAGGUGGUGUGUACGGCCUUCAGCAGCCACAUCCUGGUGGUAGUGACCCAGUUCGGAAAGAUGGGGACCCUGGUCUCCCUGGAGCCCAGCGAAGUGGCCAGUGACAUCAGCAAACCCAUGCUUACCACCAGAGUCCUUCUCGGGCAGGAUGAGCCUCUCAUCCACGUCUUUGCCAAGAACCUGGUGACGUUCGUAUCCCAAGAAGCUGGCAACAGAGCGGUCCUCCUGGCUGUGGCCAUGAAGGACAGAAGCAUAGAGGGGCUGAAGGCCUUGCAGGAGGUGAUCCGCACGUGCCAGGUGUGGUGA